UUGUAUGCAAUAGACUACAGUAGAACCGAAUCUAGCGUGUCUGUAUGCAUCAAGUACUUAACAAUAAAUCGAUAAGUUGACCUUGUUCAUAUUGUGUUAUUAUGUAGGUGGCGUACCUGCUAACAACGCAGAUCUGGAACUCUCGUAACGUAUUAGCAAAUUUCUGAUUGCGAGAACAUUUUUAACUUCAGUAAAACAGUACAGUGUUGAAGCUCUGAAAAGCUCUCGUUUGAAAUUCAAGUUUACCGAUCAAGUUUCGCCAUGGUUUUAAAAAAAAUUAAAUCUAGGGGCUGGGAAAUUAAAAUUCAAUCAAUGCUGCUCCAGAAAUUGAUUGAUGAAGAAAAUGAAAAUAAAAAGUGUCACAAAAGGAAGAUCAUAUCAGGAAUUGUUCUUUGUGUAUUUCUGUGUUUUCUCAUAACAGGGGCUAUUAUUUAUGUAGUUAUAAAAGAAUCAUGGCAGGUAACUGAUCCUGCGACUAAAGAAGUUUAUUUGAAUAUCUCCAAUGUGGAAGAUGACAAAGCUGUGGUAUCAUGCUACUACACUAUGCCCAGCUCCAUAAGUUCCACUGAAUUAUUGCCCUCUGACAUUCAUUCACAUCUCUGUACUCAUAUAAAUGUAGCAUUUGCUCGGAUAAUAAAUAAGGAAAUUUACUUGGAUAAUGCUCAGCGCAGAAUUAUGUCUGAAGUUGUGAAUUUGAAAAAGAAAAAUCCAAACCUAAAAGUCCUGUUGUCAAUUGGUGGUGCAGGAGCUCAAGAUGGCUUCUCCGAUAUGGUUGUCAAUCAUACAUCAAGGAAAAUAUUUAUCAAAUCUGUGAAACAUACUCUCCAAAAUUACACCCUAGAUGGUAUUGAUCUGGAUUGGGAGUUCCCUGCUGUUAAGGACUCUCAGAAUAAAUUGAAUAAGAGAGAAAAACAACAUUUUUCUCAACUUCUGAGAGAAAUCAGAGCAGAGUAUGUGAGAGAAAGGAAAGACUACCUGUUGACGGUGGCAGUGGCCGCUCAACAGAUUAUUGUGGAAGCUGCUUAUGAUGUGGAUCAAAUUAACAUGUAUGUUGAUUAUGCUAACAUUAUGACAUACGACUUCCACUACUACACUCAGUUCACACCCUUCACCGGGUUCAAUGCUCCAUUAUUUGCACGAGCAAAUGAACAACUGUACAUGGCCACUCUGAAUAUUAACUACACUGUUGAAAUGUAUAAAAACAAAGGACUGGACGUUAGCAAGAUCGUGGUCGGGAUACCGACAUAUGGACAUUCCUUUACUCUUGUUAAUGAAAAUAACACUAAUGUAGCAAGCCCCUCAUCUGGCUUUGGAGAGCUGGGAAGUUUAGGAUUCGUAAACUUUCCAGAUAUCUGCACAUUCAUAAAUACUCAUGAGAAUGAUAAUCUCGUAAUGAAGAGGGAUCCAAAUGCGAAAGUUCCAUAUUUCUCUAGGAAUUCCGAGUGGGUGUCUUACGACGACACCGACAGUGUUAUUGAAAAAGCAAAAUUCAUUAGAAAGCAAAAAUUAAGAGGUGCUAUGAUAUAUUCGUUAAAUGCCGACGAUUACAGGGGUGUCUGCCACGAGUUAUACGGACAGGAGAAGUUCCCUCUCUCCGAAUCCGUCAGGGAGACCCUCAAAGAUUAGUGACAGCGGCGAUGGAUGAUUCCCUUUGAGUUACCUUCUUUUUCCUGGACACAUAAGUGAUUUUGUACAUGGUACAGGAUCUCAUGGUACGAGAGGUCGGGCUGGAGUGGCUAGCGGCGGUCGACUGGUGGCCGGCGUCAUGUCGAUGACGGUGGCGGGCGCCCACGCGGGCGGCGCGCCUCUACUGCUGGCGCUGCUCAGCCGGACAGAACCGCACGCACUACAUACAUACCGCACUUUUACCAUUAGAAAAACACUUGAACCGUUCCACCAGCCCGAGUGGGGGUUUCCACUCCACCGGCUGCACUACCGUGAAUCGAAGGCGGCUCAUCGACGCUGUUUUAAUUGAACGAGUGUCUAAUUAUGAAAGCUUCUUCUUCGUAAUGACAGUUAUUCUAAUUCCUACGAUCUCUAACAGUAGUACUAGAGUAGAUUAUUCGGAUGUUAACGUUUGUAAUUAUUAUUGUUGUUUAUUUAUAUCGCGUGUAGUCAUUUUAGUGGCUGUGAAGUCAUAAUUUAAUGUUUAUUUGUGUAUAGAUUAGGUACUUAUAAAAGUACUAUAUGUGGAAUCUUAAUAUACUUUCAAACUUUUAAUAGAUAUAAUGACAUUAAUAAAAUUAUUUAUUGUCCUUUAAACUUCCGCUAUGUAAUGUGAACAUAUCGCAGACAUCCCAGUUCUUUACUAGAAUAGCAUCGUUGAUGUAGAAUUUAAAUUAUUGUAGAAUGUAAAAUAAUAUAUCGAACAUAAUAAAUGAUAACAUAUGAA